GAGAUAAAUCAGUUCUAAAUGAAAGUCCAAUGAUUACUUUAUGCAAGUUUUAAUAAAAUAAGUCACGUGGUUUGUGAUAUGUUUUGGUAACAGACCAGUCACCAGACGACAGGAGAAAACAAUAGUCCCCCGUCACCUUUCCGGGGGGAUGGGGGUGAUAAGAAAGUGUGUCAGUGUUGUUUAAACAUCACGUUCCUUUCAUGUGUCUCAUGUUGAUGCCACGGCUGUACAGGCGGUCCGGUCACACAUGAAAGCAAAAAUAGAUAGAAAAACAAACCAGCAGCUGACUUACACUUCUGCUUCGAGUUCCGGUUUGAGCAAAGAAGAAGAGGCGGGCAGGGAGGUCUUAAGAGGAGGCUAAAAAGUUUAGUUCGGCUCCCUGAAAGCACCAGACUGGGUGUUUUUGGUGAUCGUCAUGUCUCACUGAUGCCCUGAAGCAUGGCUGCAAACAGCACAGAGCUGUACGUCUCUGAACAGGUGGUGGUGUUGUGUACCUGCGCCCUGUCCUUUUUAGGGUCCUCCCUGAUCGUCCUCACCUACUUGGUUUGGUCAGAUUUGAGGACGACCCCGAGGAAGCUGUUGGUUUACCUGUCGGUGACCGACUGGCUGUCCGCCGUCUCCUACGCCGUCGGAGUCUGGAGGGYUUUCCGCGCCGACUCGCUCGACUGCGUCGUUCAAGGAGCGGUGUCCACYUUCGCCAACACCAGCAGCUUCUUCUGGACCGUGGCCAUCGCCGUGUACCUGUACGUCUUCAUAGUCAGGUCCAGCCAGCGGUUCGCCGACAGCCUGGUGCUGUCCUUCCACCUCGUCAGCUGGGGCGUCCCUCUGAUCAUCACCGUCACCGCUGUGUGCCUCAACAAGAUUGGUUACGAUGCCUCUGAGGUGUCUGUGGGGUGGUGCUGGGUCAGGAUCCAAGAAAAGGAUCRCGUUCUGUGGAUGCUACUCACUGGGAAAAUCUGGGAGUUCCUGGCUUACCUCACUCUCCCUGUGCUCUACAUUUUGAUCAAGAGGCAUAUCCACAAAGCGCAUGCGGCCCUGUCUGAGUACCGGCCCAUCUUGGCCAACAGGCCUCAGUCGCAAGCUUUCUCCUCCAUGGCGGAUGUGAAGCUAACUCUCAUUCCCAUCAUCUUCAUCAUCCUGCGCAUUUGGAGCACGGUGCGCUUUGUUCUGCUGCUCGCCGACUCUCGGGCCAGACACAACCCAGUGCUGGUCACGCUUCAUGGUAUUGGCAACACGUCUCAGGGCGCAGCCAACUGCAUCAUGUUUGUYCUGUUCACUCAGCCGAUCCGCACACGCCUCUGCUCCGCGCUCUGUUGCUGCUGCUCUAAAUGUCGAGCCGAGGAGCAGCACGGCUCCUCACAGGGGCCCGYGCCUCCGCUGGACUCCCCCAACCAGAGAGAAGAGGACAGCAGCAGUCGGGUCCAGACUGACAGAUGAAGCCUCGCUCUGCGACCAGUAAAGAGACUGAUAGGCUGACGUGAGGGAAGCCCAGUUAAAACCAGAGCCUUGCAGGAAGGUUGUGGGUGUUACCUGUCUGUUGUCGGUGUGUUGGGAAAAUGCUGCCCGACUGUAAACCAACAUAUAACAGAGCACUUAAAGCAAAAGUUCAGAUCUYUUGAAGUAAUAUUUUACMUGUUGUAGAYGACUCUGCGGGGCCAGGAGCAAAAGGGAUUGCUGCUUUAUAAACUUUCACUUUUACUCAUCAAUCUGGUCAAAAUUUAACUCCAUUUGUCCAAACUGCAGUCCUUUAAAGAGCUAUCUGCAACAGGUAAGAUGUUAGCUAUUUAUUACCUUUCCACCAUGUUCAAAAGAUCURAACAACUCUGUGAAUUACUGUUCUUAUGUUUGAACAUGUUACACUGUAUGAAAGAGUUUACAGUAGAGUUCAAAAUGUACUGUACUUAGAUUAUCACUGUGAAUCAUUGGGUUUUCCUGUUAUGCUAUUUAUCUCCUGUCUGARUGUACUCAGACCAGUAAAAACAGACUUUAAAUCUAUACUGUGAGUACGUACACUUUGUGUCACUGAACGAUAUGAUUUAAAACAUUUUCAACACGUAAAGUCUUUCAUGUCUUGUCUGAUUACUACAACAGGCUUGUUCUUAGAAAACAGCAGAAAAGGUCAUGAAUUUUAAGUACCAUAAUUCAGAAAAUAACCUCAAAUGUGUUUUUCCAGUUUAACUUCAGUACUGUUCAUCCAUUUUCUUUUAAAUAAAACAUGUCUUCAUUGUAGAAAAGCGGAUUCCAAAAGAAAUACAUUGGGAUGCAAUGUAAAAUGUAAAUAAAACCUUCUUAUUUA